AUGUUUUUCGCAAUGUUCUUUGUCUUCUUUCGGAUCCUUCAGAUCCUCACUCUGAUCCCCUGCAUGGGUAUGCUUGCCUGGUUCGUCAAUGGAUUCGUCAAGCAAAACGCCUUGACUCCUGAUUCAAUCCUCAUCCUCUUCAUUGUCUCGGUUCUCGCGCUUGCUUGGGCAAUCUUCACCCUCUUCAGCUAUCACCGCUCGUCGACAAACGCCCACUUUGUCGCAUUCGUUGAUGCCCUUUUCUUCGGUGCCUUCAUAGCCGCCGUUUACUACCUCCGCUACGUAAGCAACACCGACUGUGUUAGCAUUCAACGUGGCGACGACUGGGAUCUCUCCGUUGGCGAUGUCAGGGUCAUUGGCCCCAGCUAUGACCUCGUCAACAACAAGCCCUGCUCCAUGCUCAAGGCCUGCUGGGCAUUUGGCAUCAUGAACGUCAUCUUCUUUGCCAUCACCUCUGUUGUCGCUUUCAUGCACGGCGGACACAUGAGCGCCUAUGACCGCAGCCACUCUUCUCGCCGUUCCUACCAUUCCAGCCGUCACAGCCACCGAAGCCGCUCCCGCUCUGGCUCUCGCUACAGCAGCCGCAGCCGUCCUCACUCUCGACGUGUCUACGUUUAGGAACCUUAUCCUGCUACUGCGCUUCGUAGGAAGCACAGACCUAAAAAAAACUAGUAAUCCGGGGGACACCGCCGGUUUGCUUUUCUCGGCAAUGCAUCCAUACUCCACUGCAACGUAUGCCCAAGUACCACAAUACCUUAGCCCAAUGACCCGCGAGAUCGCAGCCUCGCCAGCUUUUCCGUUUGUCCUAUGGCACUAGAUGGGCGCUCGAGUAACAACACAUCGUGCUCCGCGCCAGGGAUCCAAUCC